AUGCCCUUAGACCCUGAAGAACAAGCAGCGGUAGAGCGAGUACGAGUUGCUGCUAAUGGCCAAGGCCACGAGUACUGCAAGCACGAAUACAAUGUCUAUCGGUGGCUUAUUGCCUAUGAAAGGAAUGAGGAAGACGCAGCCAAGGCUUUGGAACGACAUCUGAACAUACGCGAAGUUAUGUCAUUAACGUCACUUCCCAAUGUUAAAGGGGAGGAUAUUGACGAGGAAGCAGAACAAUACGUUCCGUUGACAAUCCUCGGACGAAAUCGUAUCACUGACAAUAAGGUUUUAUUAUACGAACAAAGCGGCAAAAUCGAUCUGAGCGGAGUUGUGGACAACAUUAGAAUUACUCGAUUCUUACGCUUGAAAUUCCGAACGAUGGAACGCUUGCAGCAACGAGUCGAGCAAGAAGAACGCCGUCUAGACAAGCAAAGUGGCGGCAUACUAAUAAUGGACCUUGAUGGGCUCGUGAUGAGCACCACACUCCUAUCAGUAUUAGCUGGGCCGUAUCGUAUACUCUGGGGAACAUUGUUCGAGCAAUAUCCACAACUCAUUCAGCAGAUUAUCGUCAUCAACGCACCAAAAUUCGUUAAUCUCCUCUAUCAGACAUGUAUACCAUUUAUUCCACAGGAUUACAAGGUGAGCUCCUUCACUACUCAAAAGUUCCGAUGGACAGCUGGAAGCCGGCUUGAAUUCUACAUGCAGCACGAUCAAGAAUUUACACUGUUCUUUUACCACACAGUGGAUGACACUCAUGAUCCGAGUGCUUGGCGUGAGAUCUACGCGGGCUGCGAACGUCCUGCCCUGCCACAGAUUGACACUUGGCGAUGGACGGUGCCACAUGAUGGUUACUACUUCAUCAGAUACGGUAAUCAAAAGGCGUGGUUUUAUUCAGUCACUGUUCGGCAUUUGAUUUAUGAACUGAAUGAAACGGAGAAGAAAAUUGUUACACCAAUAUCCACUUUUGUGAAUUAA